CAACAAACCAAAAAAAAAAAACCUACACAGUAAGACCAAAUAGCGAUAUCAUGCCUAGAGAUAGAGAUCCUUUGGUUGUUGGUAGGGUUAUAGGAGAUGUGUUGGACCCUUUUACAAGGUCUAUUUCACUUAGGGUCACUUAUGCUACUAGGGAUGUUAGCAAUGGUGUUGAGCUUAAACCAUCUCAAGUUGUUAACCAACCAAGGGUUGAUAUUGGUGGGGAUGAUCUGAGGACCUUCUACACCUUGGUUAUGGUGGAUCCUGAUGCUCCAAGUCCAAGUGACCCAAACCUCAGGGAAUACUUGCACUGGUUGGUUACUGAUAUUCCAGCCACAACUGGUGCAAGCUUUGGUCAAGAGGUGGUCUGCUAUGAGAGCCCACGACCAACGGUCGGUAUCCAUCGUUUUGUGUUCGUGUUGUUCCGGCAACUUGGAAGGCAAACGGUGUACGCACCAGGGUGGCGCCAAAACUUCAACACUAGGGACUUUGCUGAGCUUUACAACCUCGGGUUGCCGGUGGCUGCUGUUUACUUUAACUGCCAGAGGGAGAGUGGAUCCGGUGGCCGUAGGACAUGAAAUAAAUAAUAUUGUUGUUGUUGAUCAUGUUUGAUUUCAAGAACAAUUUAUUAUGAUGAAUACGCACAGCUACUUAGAAGACAAAAGAACGUACAACGUUACUACACUAAUUAAUAUUGUAUUGUAUGGGUGGCUACGCAAAUGUACUUUAGUACAUGUGUGUUAUCAAUAAAGAAAAUGUGACUUACACUUUAUAAAAACACCUUUCAUAAAAGU